AUGGGUCACAUGGCAGCAGCACCAGACGAAUUUACGCCGGAUCAUGACGAGGUCAAGUUUCCGCCAGUGCCCUCCAAAUACGAUGCCGUUGAGGUGCCAAACAUCAUCAAUGCGCCUGCCGCAAAGCGCCACUGCACUCGAGCUGCGCGACACGACCAACGGGGCCCUCGCAACGCUAUCAUACUGUCUCUCGAUGCCGCCAUGCGAGGCGAGUGUCGACGUCGUCUCUACGUGCACCCGAUCGCCUGGACGCCAUACCACCUGGAGCUACUAGGCGUCCACUUUCGCUUCGCGAAAAUACCUCCCAGCCGCCAGGGCAGUGGCGACGCCCAAGUACGUCUCUACAAGAAAGAGGCAAAGGAUGAUCUAAAAGGGGAGAUUGUUUGCCGUUUACACGUUCAGGGCGUAUGGACGGCAAAGACACGAGGUCAGAUGAUGAUUUCUAUCAACUUUGACGCGAUAUCUAAAACGCGACAUAAGUGGGUGCACGGCGGUAAACAGAGGGCUAGUCAAAACUACGGUGCUGGGUUUGUCGUGAGGCUCAAGAAGGAAAAGGCGCUGCAGCCCACAAUAGCCUGCAAGGGUCCGUAUAUUUGUAGCCUGCUUAUCGCGCUGGCGCAAGCGCAUAGAAGGUCAUCUCCUGAAGCGCCAGGCUGGAAGGUGCUCUUGCUCGCUGUUGGGGGCGUCGGCGCGCUGCAGCUGUACUGCUACCAAAGCUGGGUGCCCGCGGCCCUCCUCCAGAAGCUAGACGAGCCAUCGACCGCGGUAGCCUGUCCGGACGUGGUGAUUCGCAUCUCGACUAUAAGCCUAGCGACGCCACAAGACGCAGUGCGUCGUAUUUGGGAGAUGUUGCAUAAGGAUGAGCUUGUCUGA